CUGAGUCUCUCUCUGUAAGAAAAGUGCUUGUUGAGGGAAAAGUAGUUCCGCAGUUUUUGAAAGUGUUUCCUUGGCAAAAGUGAAAAAUAUUAACUUUUUUUGUCUUAGAAAGGUGCAGCAGGGUUACUUUUAUCGUUCAGGGUAAUUAUCGUUUGUGUAGGACCAGCAGUAUUGAAGUAAUUCAACGACAAAACGAUGGCGUAGGAAACGGACUUUUACCCAUAACCGCUAUAACCUCCAUUCGUGUUAUUGAAGUAGAUACUGAAUUAAGUUGUAUGUCAGAUGUGACCAUCAUUUUGGAAUAUACGAAAAGUGUCGUUGUGAUAGAUUUUUAUGAUGUUAUGAAGUGAUUUGGUGACUUUGACGAUAAUUUUAGUAUGUGUUUACAAAGACCAGGGUGCGAAACGGUCUCCCAAAAUGAAGGAAAGCAUCCGUUGUUGACUAUAACGGCGGGGUGUUGGCAACGAUUAUACAAAGGCUAAAAAGACCGGCAGUGAAACCUCGCCAUAGAAAUGAGUCAAUAUCGACAGGAUGGAGGCGGCGGGUCGUCGGUGCCCGGCGCCGCCGCUCAGGGCUCCUCCACUGCCGGCACGGGCCCAAACGGGUCUUCGGAAGGCGAGUCCGAGCCAACGGCGGGCCCUGGCUCAGCGGCACUACCGCCAGACUCGAAUGCUUACUCGACGGAGGGGCCAACAGCGGGGCCACCGUCUGACGGGCAUGGUUACGCAUUUCCCUACGGAUCGGCGGGACCGGAUCACGCGUUCGGGCCGCGGCAGUCCUUCGGGGGGCCCAAGCAGCUGCCACCGCCGCACCGUUUCGUGCCGGGUCCGAUGUCACAGCCCUCGGGCCCCACGCCGACGCUCAACCAGCUGUUGCAAAGUAAUAAUCCUGUGCCGCUUCGCUACCAGAACAACUACGCUCACUCGGACCAGCACUACAACCAGUGGUCACAAAAGCACCCUCAGGGCUACGGACCAGCUCCGCCACCGGGGCCCUACAGGACGCAGCAAACUUUGUCACCUGCGUACGGCUCGGCUCCAAGUCCAGGAGGCUACGAUUCCAGGGCGACUUGGCCUGGGGGUCCUCCACCUUCUGGACUGUCUCCGCACGGGCCUAGCAGUCCGGGACAAGGCCAGGCGCCCCAGCAACAACAAUCUCAGCCCCCAAACCAACAAUCUUCUGCGCAAAGCCAGCAGAACUCCUCUGGGCCUGUGCCCGUUAGUCAACCUUCUCCGCAACCCUCUCAACCACCUGUGAGCCAUUCGCCAGGUCCAGGACCUGGGCCAGGACAGAUGCCUCCUGGUCAGCACCAACAGCAACACCAAGGACCUGGGGCACACCAGCAGGGGUUUCCCAGUCGACCACCGCCACCUACAACACCCAAUGCGCACGCACCCGAUGCUGCAGAUCUUAGUGGUGGCAACAGCAAUGAUAGUUCAGGAGGACCUGCUCCUGGCACCCCUAAUUCACAGGGUAUGCGUCCAACGCCCUCACCGACAGGAUCCACAGGUUCGCGAUCCAUGUCACCUGCUGUAGGCCAAAACAUUCCUAUGCCUCCUCGGCCUUCGAGUAGCCAGUCGGAUGGUGGCGGUGCUAGCGGUGGCGGCGGGGGCAUCCCCGCAAGGCUGAGCCAUUCGCCCAUGCCACCAGGUCCAGGAAGUUACGGACCGCCGGGUCAGCAAUCGCAACACCAAGCUCCUUACAAAGGCGUGGUGCCGGGGCCUGGCGGAGGCACUCAGAACUCGUCCCAGAUUCCCAUUUAUCAGCACCAACCUGGACAGUACCCUGGGCAGGCUGUAGGCUACUCUCCUCGCCCUCCUGGAAACUUUGGUCCAGCUGGACAGGGAUACGUUCCUUCGGGCAGCCAGCCGCCGACGUCGAAUAGCAUGCCCCCGCAGCAAUUCCCUGGCCGGCCUGGACCUCCGAACCAUAUGCAAAACUCGCAGUUCUCUCCCUACCAGCAGCCGUGGCCUUCUUCGCCCUCUCCGAGUCAGAAAUCGAACACCGCUGGAGGUCCCAACGGUCAGAAUCCUUCAGGGCCUCAAGGACCUGGGUGUCCAUCUCCCGGGCCUAACCUGCGACCUCCGCAUUACCUCAAGCACCACCUGCAACACAAAAUGGGGUUUGCAGGAGUCGGACCUGGGUCAGCACCGCCCAGUCCAGGUCCGCCGCAGAAUUUUCACAUGGGGCCUCCGUCGGGACAUCAUCACUCUGGGAUGGGACCACCGCCAUCUAUGGGACCUCCUAACAUGCCGCCUUCGAGUAGUCCCAUGCUGACCAACAACCAUCCUCAUGAAGGGCCCAUGCCACCACCAAGCUCCACUCCAAAUUCGCAUUCGCAGAUGGUGAACGAUAUGCUGGAUAACGGAAUUACUACGACACCUCAAGGAUCGAUUAACACUCAUGUUAGUGCAGCUUCAGGUGGCUCAGUUACCUCUGUGGUAACCACUGGACCAGAUGGAACGCCCAUUGAUGAGGGAUCUCAACAAUCUACUCUAUCCAAUGCUUCAGCUGCUUCUGGUGAGGAUCCUGCGUGUCCCCAGACUCCUAAAUCUAACCGAAAAAAUGACAUGGGUCAUUACGGUCAUCCGACUACUCCUCAAAAUACCGUACCGUCACCUGGAGCUAGUAUGAACUCGAUGCAUGAUGAUUAUGGGGACAUAAGUCCUACAUGGCCUCGCACUCCAGCUAGUCCAGUGAGUAGACAUGUUUUUAACAGUCAUGUGCCUCCCCAGGAUACAUAUCGCUCUAAGAAAACCGACAGCCUGAGCAAACUGUACGAGAUGGAUGAGAGUCCAGACCGCAGGGCCUGGCUAGACAAGUUACUCGCCUUCAUGGACGAUCGCAGGACACCGAUCACUACGUGUCCCACCAUAUCCAAGAACCCUCUUGAUUUGUUUCGCUUGUAUGUGUAUGUUAAGGAUCGUGGUGGCUUUAUGGAGGUGACGAAAAACAAAACGUGGAAGGACAUAGCAGGACUGUUGGGCAUUGGGGCAUCUUCUAGCGCAGCUUACACCCUUAGGAAACACUACACGAAAAAUUUGCUGGCUUACGAGUGCCAGUUUGACAGGGGAGGAAUCGAUCCUCAGCCCAUUAUAAACCAAGUGGAGGCUAGCAGCAAAAAGAAGAGCUCGAAGAACGCCUCCGUACCAUCGCCAGGCUCGUCCAAUUCUCAGGAUUCUUUUCCACCGGGUGGCGGAGGUGGUUCCAUGGACGGCUAUGGAGGUUAUAAUGGAUACCCUCCUUCGGGGAAUCCCGAUUAUCCGCAAAGGCCUUCGUCACAGUCCGCUCCGUCGCCUCAUGGCGCGCCUGGAUCCGCUAAUCACCUAAACAGCACAGCUUCAGGGGGUCCAAGUCCUGCAGGCGGGGCUGCGGACAACGUGAGCGUUUCCAAUCCUUUCGAUGAUGUGUCGCCGAGUCCCCCGCCACGUGGGGGCCCAUUUCCGAGUGGGCCUCACCCACCAUAUCCAACAAACAACCCACCAAGACCUCCAGGAAGUCAAAAUUACUCUAAUCAACCAGGGUAUCAAUAUUCAACAGGUUCUGGCCAAAAUGCUCCACCAGAUCAGUAUUCUCCGUAUUCAAACACUCAGGGUUAUCAGCCCGCCGUAAGACCCAUGUAUCCCCCAUAUUCAGGUGAUUCAUCAGGUGCCCCUCCAGGACAACCCAGCAGCGGCCAACCACCUUCGUCUGGGUCACAGGAUCCUUACAAUAGGUAUAAUGUCAACCCUGCCGCCGGUUACACUCCUAGGCCUCCAUACGGGGGAUCUCAGCCUUCUGGAGGACCGCCUUCAUCGCAGCCUAGUGGUCCCGGUGCUUAUCCUGGACAUCAGGAUUAUUACAGACCUGAUCAGAACUCUGCUAGUGGCGGUUAUCCUGGUGUUUCGUCCCCUAACAAAAACAUGCCACCCCCUGGACCUCAGCCGCCUAGGCGCCAUCCAGAUUUCGCCAAAGAUCAACCCUACCCUCCCUACGGACAACCUAGGACGCCCAUGUAUGGAGGCUGGACUAAUAAUAAUAACCAAUAUAGGCCUCCUCAGUAUGGCACCCCUGGGAGUAAUCAAGUCGCUCCUCAGCAAUGGAACCAGGGUGCCCGUCCCGGUGGUGGCCCAUGGCCAAAUAAUCAAGGCUAUCAGGGAUCUCAGCCUGGGCAGAAUCAGUGGCAGCCCAUGACGACUCAAACGGGACAGAGCUCGCCAAUGAGACCAGUGCAUAGGCCGGGAAAGCCCUUUCCACCCAUCAUGCCACCAGGGAACGCUGCCAAGGGUCCCAACCAACCACCAGUUAGUAAUUCUUACGGACACGGUCAGCUACCCAAAAGGGAGAUCACUUUUCCGCCGGAUAGUGUGGAAAAUGUGACGCCUGUGUUGUAUAGGAGAAAAAAGGUAUGCCGGCAAGAUUUGGGUCCUGUGGAUGCUUGGAGAUUGAUAAUGUGUCUCCGGUCUGGACUUCUCACUGAAGGGACCUAUGCCUUGGACAUGUUGAAUAUUUUGCUCUAUGACGACACAUCAGUAGGGUAUUUUUCAGUGAAUCAAUGGCCCGGGCUGUUAGAUUUGUUGCUUGAGCAAUUCAAGAAGAACUUGUCUGAUAUGUUUGACGGUCCCUAUCCUAAGGAAUAUAAUGCAGAUGAGCAAACUGAAGUUGAUUUAGGCAGCGUAACAAGUCCUAUAGACCCCAGCUCUAAAACUGUAGUGUUCAAUAAAACUACUAAUUACACUCUGAUGUCACGAAGAGGACACCCAGUAAAGUUUGUAGAAAGGAACGACGAUAUUUUUGUGCAAGAUACUUUGAGAGACUGGGAUAUCCGCGGAGAUGUAAAUAUCGCUAACACUUCGGCAGAGAUACCCGCGGACCCCUGGUAUACUAGCACAGAACACAUUUUGCCUAACUUUCAGGCAGAGUUCGGCCGCAUACCAUUCCAUACCAGACUGGAGGAGAAGAAUUCCAAAUCCGAGACGGUGGUGAAGGAUGAGAGCAAAAGACAAGCGACGUCGCUCAUAGAAGACGUUUCUCCUCCUAAAGUGAGUGAUAAAAAGCGUUGUAGGACAAAAACAUUAAGUGAUGUGAUAUCUCGAAUUAAAAAGGAGUCGCCGGAAGACAACGCUGUCAGUGUCCUCAUGAUGGAGUCAAAUACAAAACUGGACAAUGUGAAGACUGAGGUAGUGAGUGAGACUAGUUUGAACUGCGAGGAAUCAGCUUCCUCAAGUGUAGAUCUGAACAUUAGUGUAAAUGGCGAGUGCAGCAACAGUACAGAGAACAGCGGCGACAUAAAGAGGGUCAAGGGCCAGCCCAUUCACGACCCGGCAGGCUCGCUCAAGCGCAGACGUUUGUCAGAUUAUGAAGACGAAUCCUAUUCUAGGGACGAGGCUAGUUUGGUUUUGCUGACUGAAAGCCAAGAUAAUUUGGGCAAAAGGUGCGUCUGUAUAUCCAACAUACUUAGAAGCCUUACCUUCAUUCCUGGCAAUGAACCAGAGUUCGCCAAAAGCUAUAGCUUCCUAGCGCUUGUAGGAAAACUGUUAUUGCUACACCAUGAGCAUCCCCCAAGGACCCAAAAGACUAGAAAUUAUGAUCGCGAGAUAUUUUCGUUGCAGGAAGAUGCAGACUUCGCCGACUCGUGCAGUAGCUUGCAGGGCGAACAUGAGUGGUGGUGGGAGUUUCUAGCCCAAGUACGAGAGAAUAUACUCGUAUGUAUUUCUAACAUCGCCGGUCAAAUUGACGUGUCCGUCUACGGGGAGGAAGUAGCCAGGCCUCUUUUGGACGGUCUCCUGCAUUGGGCCAUCUGUCCUUCGGCCACCGCACAAGACCCGUUUUCUUCUAUAGGCCCCACGUCUCUUCUAUCCCCGCAAAGACUAGCUCUCGAAGCCCUGUGCAAAUUAUGCGUUACCAACAGCAACGUAGAUUUAGUUAUAGCCACUCCUCCAUUUUCCAGACUAGAGAAACUGUGCGCAGUGCUCACAAAGCACUUGUGUCGGUCCGAGGACCAAGUGCUCAGGGAGUUCUCCAUCAAUUUGUUGCACUAUCUGGCGGCGGCCGAUAGCAGUAUGGCUAGGGUGGUGGCUGCUCAGACUCCUUGCGUCUCCUUAUUAGUCGCUUUCAUCGAGCAGGCGGAACAAAGCGCCCUGGAAGUGGCCAACCAGCGCGGAAUAUCGGCACUGAGGGACAACCCAGACUCCAUGGGCACGAGCCUGGAUAUGCUGAGGCGAGCAGCAGCCACUUUGGUGUUCCUUUCCAAACACCCGGAGAACAAAGCCUUAUUAGUGCAGCAGGAAUCACGGCUGCUGGCCCUCGUUAUGAGCCAGAUCUUGGACCAGCAGGUGGCUUUGUUGAUAUCGAAGGUGCUGUUCCAGAUAUCCCGCAGCUAAUGUAGAUAUACGAGACUUGUUAUUUAAGUAAGCGGCCUUGCUGGUGUACAGAUUAACGAUGUAUAGUGUGACGUGACGGACAUAUGCAGAGGGCUGAGUGUGUAUGUAAGUGUGUGGUGAGAACAGAAUAUUCAUUCUAUCGAGACCAAGACUAGCGACGAGAUUCGUAUCUCCGAUAUACAGCCUUGGUCAAAAAUAUUAAGCGCCACUGUAAUACCAUGCUAAUUUAAUCUUUCCUUUAUCAAUCAUACUUUUGUAGUUUUACUUAUAUAAAGACACUAUUUUAAACAACAGUUAUAUAUAAUGGAAUAUCGACGCAUGCAAAUCGUAACUUUUCUACAAAUAAAACCUGUGAUCUGUAAGUUUCAGUUAUCUUGUUUUUUGGAAUUUGAGUUAGCUACGUGGAUAUUAUUUUGUUCAAAUAUCAAACAAAUAAGAAUUGAUGUGUUACUACAAAAAUUGUUUAAAAUGUGUUUCGAUUACAACUAGUGAACAACAAUGUGUGUAAUUCUUAAAAGUGAAUUUUGAGAUGGCAUAAUAUUAUAGGGGUACGUAAAUAGUUUCGACCACGGCUGUAAGUAAUCGAUCACUUAGUGUAACCCACUAAUUGUACCAUUUUGUAAAUUAAGCGACAUAUGUCUUUCUGGAAAUGUUAAACAUACAUCCAUGUUACUUAUUUUUAUGUUAUUUAUUAUUUGAUAUAAAAAAGAAACGGUAUGUUUGUAACUGCAACUGUCCAGUUUUGAGCGUGGCCGGGGAGGUGACCAUUCAGUUUUCUGCGCCAUGCGCACCCCUCUUUCAAUUUAUUUCAUGUUUGGUAUUACUGUGCGAAUGCUUUAUACAUGUCUGAUAAUGAAUUUAAUUAAAUAAAUGUACAAAGGAAGUACCGAAUAUGGUGUUUUUAUACAAGUUUAAUUUUCUAUGUAUAUUUAGAAAUGUUUUAUACAUCCCAAUUAUAGCUGUUACACUUAAAAAAUCUGUUAUUUGAUUGAACAAGGAUGGACUGUAUACAUUAGAAAAGACAGUCUUGAACUAGAACUCAAAUUGUAGUUUAAAAUAUGUGGUGAUAUUUUUCUGGCUGUAGGUAUAUUCAUCUUAUGUAUGAUUGCAUAUUGUAAAAUAAGUAAAUGCUAAAUACACUA